GUAAACUUGAGAGCAUUGGAAACACUUAAACCCUGCACAGAGUCCUCGCUGAGCGUUUCAUAUACCCUUGUUGCCUCAGAGAUACAUGUGCGGUAACUGAUCACAAUGCCAGAGGAGAUAGAAUUGGACAAUAUGAACGAGCCUUCCACAAGGUCUUCCAGUUCACAGGAAUCCACCGUGUCCAGGGCCUUCGAUGAGCUUGAUCAGCAGGCUCGAAUGCUGCCAGACUACGAGGACCUGUCGCUUGAAGGUGAUACCGCGCCGACUAUCGUGACGACAAAGCGGUUCAAGAGGUCGUGGGUUAUCGGUGUUGUGAUCGUGUUCAUUCUGGGGUACACGGCGGUGUUACUCAGCUACAGAAACGUCAACUACGAUGCAAGAACCAACUAUUCACUGAACAACACCAGCGCGGCAGAGUCCUUGUCCAGCGUAGGACAAUCGGCAUCUGUCGACUCUGGCACGGAGGUGUCAACCAUUUCAGAACACCUGAUUGAGCAGGAAUCGUCCAGUUCAACUCAACCUGAGGAGUCAACAACCUCACGAACACCAACAGUUACACUGCAAGAGCUCGAUGUUAGAAUCUCGAGAGAAUCAAUACCGAGAAAGGUAUACCACAGUAGAGUGGAUGCAGAGUCUGUGACGUUCUUGCCAGGAGCACGGAUGUCAAAGGCUGAGGAUGAAGGACUCUAUAUCCAAAAGUACGACGACAAGGUUGUGCUACGCAAGAUGGCGGACCCACAGUAUGAGUACGUUCUCUAUCCAGAGGGCACUUUCACGUACAACGGUCUUGAGAACAUUCUACUGAGCGUAGUGUCUAAUAGUGAUGGCCAAUUGCUAUUGUUUGCUUCAGAGGCCGUGGCUAGAUUCAGACACUCAGCAGAAGCGUUCUGGUAUCUCUACGAUGUCAGUACUAAGGAGAUCACUCAGAUAUCAGGGAAGGGCUUGAAUGGCGUGAAGUUACAGCAUUGUUCUUUUUCUCCUAAAGCUCGUUAUGUCACAUUCAUCCAAGAAGGGGACCUCUACAUAUAUGACGUUGUCAAUAAGUCCAACAGGAGAAUCACAAGUGAUGGUGAUGGAUACCAAAUCUUUAACGGUAAGACUGACUGGGUAUACGAGGAGGAGGUCCUAGGUACGGACAACGCACUUUGGUGGAAUCAAGAUGAGACAAGGCUGGCGUUCUUGAAGAUAGACGACACAGAUGUCGAGACCUUACCGUUGGAAAGGUUCAGUUCUGGUGUGUUCCCUACAGUGGAGGACAUCAAGUAUCCUAAACCUGGAGAGGCCAAUCCAAAGCUGACGUUGUUUAUCCAUGAUACGGAGAGAGAUCAGACCGACACCGUGGAUAGAGCGGACUCUAAGCUAGGCGAAGAGUGGAUCUGUUAUGGUGCGUUGUGGAUUGGUGAUUCCUUCAUUAUUCGUGAAAGUGACAGAACAUCAAAGGUGCUCGAUUAUAGAGUCGUUUCGAAAGACGAUGGCUCAUCUAUCAAAUACUCCAUAGACUCGAACGAGUACAACGGGUGGAUAGAAAACUUUAACGAGAUGGUGUUCAUUCCAAAGAACGAGUCCUCUUCACGAGUGAACCAUGGGUUUGUUGAUAUUGUGCAGAGUGAAGGAUACAACCAUCUGGCCUUCUUUCCUGUGGACUCGGUAAGCCCUCGAAUUCUGACCAAGGGUGAUUGGGAGGUUGUUAGCAUUGAGCAUUUUGACGCAGAGGAGGAACUAGUGUACAUUACAGCCAAUAGAGAAUCCCAUUUUGAAAGUCAUAUCUAUGCUGUAAAUGUCAAUACUGGGGAGAUCUUCUCAAUUACAGACAUUUCCAAACCUGGGUUCUUCACAGCAAAUUACUCUCCUAGUGGUAGAUACGUUGUUGCCUCAUACAAGGGUCCCGAGCUUCCAAGAAUGAUAGUAUACGAUACCACAAUCGAGCAUAAGGAAAAGGAGAAGCGUGCAAUUGAUUUCACGGGAUCCAGAACCAGAUAUCAUACGGUGAAAUUGAGUGAUGGAGAAACUGUUGAUGUUAUAGAGGUUGUACCACCAAACUUUGAUGCUUCAAAGGAACAUCCUUUGUUGGUAAAUGUAUAUGGAGGACCUGGCUACAGAAUGCUUCACAGGCAGUUCCACAUGGGAUUUGAGGACACAAUUAGUCAAGCAUUGGAUGCCGUCAUCCUUUUCGUGGAUCCGAGAGGCACAGGAGGUCAAGGAUGGAACUAUAGAUCAUACGCAAAGAGACACAUUGGCCAUUGGGAGCCUCGCGAUGUAACAGAGGUGACGAAGCUCUGGAUUGAAUCGAGAACGUAUAUCAAUCCUGAGAAGACGGCGAUUUGGGGAUGGUCUUAUGGAGGAUUCACCACGCUGAAGACUAUGGAAUAUGACAAGGGACAAGUGUUCAAAUUCGGCAUGGUUGUUGCACCUGUCACCAACUGGCUGAUGUAUGAUUCGAUCUAUACGGAGAGAUACAUGGAUCUGCCAAAGGACAAUUCUGAAGGCUAUAAGGAGGCCAGAAUUAGGGACCUUGAAGCGUUCAAAUCGGUCAAGAGGUUUGUUCUGAUGCAUGGAACAGGCGAUGAUAAUGUGCACAUUCAGAAUACUUACAAACUAUUGGACUUGUUCAACCUACACGCUGUUGUGAAUUUUGAUCUUAUGAUCUACCCAGAUUCCAAUCACAACAUCAACUACCACAACUCAUACGGGGUCUUAAUGAACCGGCUAACUACUUGGUUAAGGGACAAGUUUGAGCUAUAAUGAUCAUAAUAAUACCACUACUGGCUGUGUGCUGUGAGCGUUCU